CCGGGUAGUGGUGACCUAGCGUUUACGAAGGACACAAGAGGUGAGAAAAAUGGAGUGGAAUUUUCGAACGCUGAAGAACUGGAUUUGGCGUGGCAUUGGCGCUGAACCCGACCCUGAAGAGGAAAUCGACCCAAACGACCCGGAGGCCCAGAAAGCUGCGGUUAAGAUACAAGCGGUGUUUAGAGGACACAAGACGAGAAAAGAGAUGAAGACAGACCAGGACGACACAGAAGUGCAAGACUUUGAAGCAGAAUUCCGUCCGGACGAUAAAGAAUUAUGUCACGCUGCGACGAAGAUUCAAGCAUCCUUUCGUGGACACAAAGUGAGAAAACAGGCAGAAGAGACGGACAAGCUGACCAAAGAAAUGGAGAAGGCUAAGAUGGAAGAAGAGGAAAUUCAGAACAUCGACCUGACAGAUCCUGAACUGAACAAGGCUGCCACUAAGAUACAAGCUUCGUUCCGGGGCCACAAAGUGCGUAAGGAGGAAGGUGAUGGUGAGGCUAGCGGAGAGGCCAAGUCGCAGUGAAUUCGAGGCCAUAUUGGCCUGUCAUGUCUUUCGGCCUCUGGCCUCGCUCUAUCAGAGCUACGCUCCUGUCGCCCUAGCCUCUUCCGUUCACACAGGAGCUUCUAUGGUUUAGCGAUUUACAUUUUUUAUAAACCGUAGUUUACGCCGGUUUUGUAUCAAGGUAUUUUAGCCUGGGUGGCUACUGAAACCGUGGUGAAAUUUGCCAAUUCGGUUUGAACCGUUGUUACUGAAUUAAACUGAGAACAAUCGAAUUUGUUGUUGUUGACAUUUGGAAACUAUAUCGUAUCUUGACAUAAAGUAACAUGUCGAGCCCCUACCACGUUAGUAACGUACACGCUUUUAUAAUUUGCUAGUUAACCGGGUAGCUUGCGAUGUUUGUUUUGUAAAUAGCUUUAGUGAAAAUGCUGCUCGUAGCUUAUCGAAUUUGUUGAGCAUUUUGUAAUAGUUGACGGUUAUGCUUUCUAUCAUCUGUUCUAUCUAAAGUUCCUUAACCGAUGUUAGUAUUGUUCAUAUUGUUCACAAAAAAUAUUUAUUAAGGUUUGUAUUGAAAGACAUGUCAUAACUAUUAUAUAGAAGGAUAAUUAUUUAUAUUUUGAAUUGGCGCAUUUUGUAUAAAGUAGUCGCUUGGUUUCUCCAACACAUCUUGAAUUAACAGUUGAGUUGAUAUAGUUAUAUUACCUAAUUACUAUUUUGGCCUGUUGGGUAGACUAUUUCUAAAAUCAUUUCACACGUUCAUGUCAUUUUAUAUUGUUGUCUCAACGAGACUCUAGUAAGGCUAAAUAUCUUAAACAGGUAUUGUAGUUAAACUAUAGAUGAUUGCUCAUAAAUUAAGCUGAAACACGUGUAGUGUUAAACCUAUUGUACCUCGAAAUUUGCCUUCGAAUCUAUUAUCUUAUAAUCCUCGAUAAAAUAUUUAAGAAAUUCAUCUCUAUAAUAGUUUACUCAUACAACUACGUAAUAUAAGACUUCGUGUUUGUUAUAAAUAUCUUUUUAUUUUGUUUCUAGAAAACUAAAUCCAAUCCUUCUAGUUGAUAACUAUAUAAAAUUAUUUUGUGAUUUUGACGAUUAUUUGUAUAAAUUGUUAGAAAGUUUUGGUACAAUUUGAUCCCCAUAACUAUAAUCUGCAUAACUUAUUUCUAGUCGUUGUUUAAAAGGGGGAAUAACAAUGAAAUUAGUGUUCAAGUUAAACGUCUUUAAUAAUAAGUUAGUAUUUGCUUGGUAAAUAAAUAUUACAAACGAUACUUUGACAUGACAAAAAAUUAAAUUCUUUUGAGUGUUGGAAAUAUCGUUCGAGAUUGAUUUUAUUAAGAAACAUAUCUACAUUGUGCAUGAAAGAGAACAAAAAUAUCUCUUUUUUUGUUACUUUCGGAAGUAUUUAAUAACAUAUUUGUAAUGUUGAAAAUGUUGCAAUAUUCAAAAGUAAAGAACAAUUUGUACAGAUUUUUGUUCAUCUACAGAGUAAUGAAAAUUUUGCAUUUUUAACAUAAAAAUAUUUGAAAACAAUUAUAAUGUUAGAUUAUUGUAAGCAAUAUGACAGUCAAUUAUGUAGUGUGAUGCUGAUUGAAAAGAUACUUAAAGGCUAUGAAUCAAUCGUCAAAUGUUUAAAUUUAUUGGUACACAGAAAUGACAAAACUGAUGUAUUUUUCAAUAAUGAAUAAUAAAACGGGUUUAAAGGGGACAGUGCAUGAAAUCAGGAUUUAUUUUAGUACUAAAUUAUUGAUCCUUACACUAAUAUAUAAGUGUUUAUCCAAUCGUAUUAUUAGUAAAACUCUAAAAAAAACUUGUAUAUACGCACAAUAAUUAUUUUCAACCGUUACUAAAUUCAUUCAUUUACUACUAAUGUAAAAACGUAGUCAGUUUUCUGACAAAACAUUUAAAAUGAUUAAAUAUUGCUUUGUUUUUUUGGCCAUUUCUACUUGUCAGCAUCUAAUUUAUCUAUGGGAGAUUAAAACAGAUGAAAUAUGUUAAUAGUCUAUUUAAUUCUACCGAUUUCUUGAAAAAAAAAAAUUAUUGACAUAUUUUUUAUUUCCAAUGUGGUUAUUUGUAAUAAUUAGUACCAAAAUCAUAAAAAUAAUAUUACUACUCUCGUUUGCAAUGAUAACACUGUACUAAACAGUCUAUCUUUAGACAUUUGAUUUGAAUUUAAGAAUUAUUUAAAGUACCGCUAAUAACCUUCAACUAAGUAUUAUACAUAUAUGUAAAGGCAUACCAUCUACUAGUUUAUUUUAAUUUAACUUGAUACAAUAUUGUUUGUGACAAAAAUCUUCUAAACAUCUUAUUUCCUUUGUCGGUUGUAAGAUAGACAUUGAUUACAGCAUAGUAAAGAGUUACUUAUGUCGUAACAUAAUUAUGUCAUAGUAAAAUGUACGUUUACUUUGAAACACAAGUUAUGAAGUUGUAAAAACUUAGUAUUCUCUAAGGUUACGUACAAUCAUAGUCUAUAGAAUCCGGUUGGGUAUAUUUUAUACUUGCUCUGAGCUUGUGUUUGUUGGCGACUGGAGCUUGCCAUUGAUAUUUAGCAUUUAACGCAUUUCUUCUGAUAAAACUGUUACUACGGCUCACAAGGUGUUUCAGGUGGAAAAUGUAAAGGAAUAAUCUUAUCACUAUAACUAAAAUUAUAUAGUUUCUGUAUCAAAGUUAUUAUAAGUUAUUGUUAAAUAAAGAUCUUGUUCUAUUUA